UUUUUUACCGUACCGCUAACGCGUCAGAUUCUCCAAUUUAAUGCCAAAGAGCGACUUGAGCGGAGGCCGUUAUCUGUCUACGAAUGCCUCGGCUAUCUCGAUCUCGCUCGCGCGCGCGCUAUACAAAUCACCUUUGCAAAUCACACAUGCAGCAGCAGCAUAGCAGCCUGUACUCUACCGUAGCGUAUAGACUUCGAGUUCGACAACGUCUACCUCUUCAGUCUUCGAUCAGUAGAUCUAUCUUAGUAUCUAGGCCUACGAUCAUCACUGCACUUGAAGCUUCUCGUAGCCAUAAUGACGUCUACAUCGAGAAACUGUGAAUGUGGUGAAGGGGUAACAGUUCCUGCAGCCAUUCAGAGUAUUUUACCUGAGGGCUAUACUUACCAUGCGUGCCACGUAGAUAACUUCUCCCAGGGUGAUGAAGUGCAUUUUGCUGCAACCAUUCGCCUUGAUCUGCGUUCAAAACAAGAUUUUGGCAAGUGGCUGGACAGUUUCCAAGAGGCUUCAUCAACCACUUGGCGAGUGAAGCGAACAUUUCCUUCAGUUGGAAUGAAAAUCGUUUUUAAGAAAGCAUACAGGUGCCAUCACAACACAAGACCAGCAAAGGAGUCUACCAAUGCAGGUCGUCGUGUGGCCUCUAAGAACACCAACUGCCCAGCUGACAUGGUUGUCUCCAUUAAGAAAUCAGUGUACGAAGGGCGCACCGUCAGCAGGUACUUUUUAAUGGCCAUUUGA